AUGUUUCGUCGAUCACGCAAACAGCCGUGUAAACCAUCAAGAAAAAAACCAUUAAGAAAAAAGCCUAAUGGCUCUGGGAAACGUUGUUUGACAUUGACAAGAAUUGCUGUGUCGGCUUCAAUACCAUUGAUGAUCGCUAUAUUCACCGUUGUUACUUAUGUACAACAACAACAAAUUUCUGAACAUCAUCGACUACAGGAUCAACAGAUAGCAAAUGAAACAAGACUCAAAGAUUUGCAAAUUGCUAAUCUAACACGUAUACAUGACAAUCAAAUUGCUGAAAAGCAACGUGAACAAGAUCAACAACUAGCUGACGAUUUACAUUAUCAAACAGUUUAUAAUAAAUAUAUUGAAGACGUAUCAAAUGUUCUAUACGAACAACAUCAAAGUUCAUCGUUUGUUGAUGCAGAUAAGUUUCAGUAUAUACGUAGUAAGACGGUAACAACAUUAAGAGAUAUUGACAGUGCACAUAAAACACAUUUGUUUAUGUUUUUGUAUGACAAUAAUUUAUUGCCAAUUACAGAUGGUAUUCAGGUGCUGAAGAACGUCGUAUUACCAGAUGGAACAUGGAGGAUUACAAGUGGUAGAAAUUUAGUGAAAAAUGGCGAUGCUGAAAAAGAGGUCACAGGCGAUUAUGCAACUGCGUUACAUUAUUUCGCAAAAGCAUUGGAAAUUAAUCUAUCGUCAAUUCAUCAUUAUAUUGCUUCGACAUAUGACAACAUCGGUCUUAUUUAUACGAAAAUGGGUGACGAUUCUAGAGCAAUAGAUUAUUAUAACAUAGCUCUUGAUAUACGUUUAAAAUGUUUACCACUAAACCAUCCUGAUCUUAAUAAAUCAUUUGAACAUUGGACUGGAGCAUUAACAAACAUUGUCCAGGAUAUUUCAAAAAAACUAUUUGUUAAGUAUCUUGAUUAUCGAAUUAUUAGUACUUAUCGUAGUGCACGUCACACACGACUCCAACUAGGUCUACCAGCUGGACGUAGUGCCCCGGUGCACACGCGAUGUAGACAACCACAAGCGCGACGAAGCUUUUUGUCUAUUACUCUACAGUGCUUAAUUCCAUGUGAAUGGAAGGAAUCAUUUGGGAAGGUAACGGUGAAUGUUCAUAAACAAACAAUGAAUAAUGAUUCAGCGACAAAUCUCAAGCUGGGAAAAUCUUACUUCACUGUUGAUGAUGAUGCACUGACUGUAGGAGCUGAGAUGUAUCAAGUUAUUGAUAUUGGUAAUUAUUCCGUGUUCGUUGAUAGUGGUAAAUUGCAAUAUAAUUUAUCAGCGUAUGUUGGUGAAGCUGCCGGUAUUAACUGUAAUACUGCUCGGCUGAGAAUUUAUUUAAAAUUUCUAGAGAAUAAUAAUCGAGCGCUCGUUGAUGCUGAUAUUACAAAUUCUGGUGAGUAUACAAAUAGAUAUCUGACCUUUAUAGCGAAGUUUUAUAUAUUCUAUUUUUCCUGUUAAAGAUAUUAAUAGUUCUAACAAUGACGACAUUCGAUGGUACCAUCGUGAAACAGUGGGAAUGAUACCGAAAAAUAUAUAUCAAUUAUUCGUAAUUGUGGAAUUUUUGCACUCUAAAUGCUAUUGCGAUAAUAUUAAUUUGUCCGUGCAAAAAUACAAAACAUAAUCAUUAAAUUGAGUUACAAAGAACUGUUAUUUUUUUAACAUAAGAAAUGUUUUGUUUUCCUGAGAGAAUUUUAUUUAAUACAGUACAUCAAUAAUAAAAUUCACUGACAUCAAAGAGUCCACUUUCAAAACCAUUUUGGAUAGAGGAGAUAACACUGUUAUUCUGAAGUCAUUCGGUCUUAUAUUGACGCAGCCACACUCAGAAUACUUGAAAAGUGAUACCAAGAAAUAUGCCAUUUUUUCCAGUAUAUUCGGUCUUUUGAUACCCUAAACAUGCUUUGCCAAAAAUUAAAAUUUAUAAUUCCUAUAGACUGAAUGAUUCUGCAUCGAAUGGUGUAUAUGACAUUGAAUAAUAAGUGGCAGAACAGACCGAAACCAUGUGCUCAAUGUGACAACGUAAAACCCUUAAAAGUGACAUGUAUUCAAAAACAUUUAUUUUUUCGUCCUAAUUCAUAGUUUAAUAAAAAAAAUUAAUGACAGAAUCAUGUUCAGUGAAUAAAACUGAGUUAGUUUUUUGUAUCAUCCUGAGGAAACACAACGAACCGUGGCCUCAUAAAUCAUCGAUAUUGAAGAUAUAACUAUUGUCCAUAAAAAAAAGAAUCGAUAUGGUUGGUUUAAGCUUUAAUCUUGAACCAGAACGAAAUCGAGAAUAUAAAUUCCCAUUAUAUCAUUCUGAAACUUAAACUAUCAAAACACAAAAUCAAUCCUUGCACGAAGCUAGGAUCGAACACAC